CUAGUAAACAGCCCUCGGAUUAGAUCCCUCCUGCCGCCCUCCCCCUGCUCGCACGAGCGGCCCCGGCCGGGGAAGUGACCGCGCAGAGCGAGGCUGCAGCGGGCGGUGCGGGGAGGCAGGAGCCGGCAGCCCGGCGCAGGGAGUACAUGUUACUAUGGCAAUGACUGCAGGGACUACAACAUCCUUUCCCAUGAGCAACCACACCCGGGAGAGAGUGACUGUGGCCAAACUUACACUGGAGAACUUCUACAGCAACCUAAUUUUACAGCAUGAAGAGAGAGAAACCAGGCAGAAAAAGCUAGAAGUGGCCAUGGAAGAAGAAGGCCUGGCAGAUGAAGAGAAAAAACUACGUCGGUCACAGCAUGCACGCAAAGAAACAGAAUUCCUGCGACUGAAGAGGACUAGGCUUGGCUUAGAUGACUUUGAAUCGCUGAAAGUUAUAGGAAGAGGAGCAUUUGGGGAAGUACGCCUCGUCCAGAAGAAAGAUACGGGUCAUAUUUAUGCAAUGAAGAUAUUGAGAAAAGCUGAUAUGCUGGAAAAAGAGCAGGUGGCCCAUAUCAGAGCAGAAAGAGAUAUAUUGGUCGAAGCGGAUGGUGCCUGGGUGGUGAAAAUGUUUUAUAGUUUUCAGGAUAAAAGGAAUCUUUACCUGAUCAUGGAGUUCCUACCUGGAGGUGAUAUGAUGACCUUACUUAUGAAGAAAGACACUUUAACAGAAGAGGAAACACAAUUUUACAUUUCUGAAACUGUGCUGGCAAUAGAUGCCAUUCAUCAGCUGGGAUUCAUCCAUAGAGAUAUUAAACCAGAUAACCUCUUGCUGGAUGCCAAGGGUCAUGUGAAGCUAUCUGAUUUUGGACUAUGCACUGGUUUAAAGAAAGCUCAUCGAACUGAAUUCUACAGGAACCUUACACACAAUCCGCCAAGUGACUUUUCAUUUCAGAAUAUGAACUCAAAGAGAAAAGCAGAAACGUGGAAGAAGAACAGACGACAGCUGGCAUACUCUACUGUUGGGACCCCAGAUUAUAUUGCUCCAGAAGUAUUCAUGCAGACUGGGUACAACAAGUUGUGUGACUGGUGGUCUUUGGGAGUGAUUAUGUAUGAAAUGCUAAUAGGGUAUCCACCUUUCUGCUCUGAAACGCCACAAGAAACAUAUAGGAAAGUUAUGAACUGGAAAGAAACGUUGGUAUUUCCCCCAGAGGUGCCCAUUUCAGAAAAAGCAAAGGACUUAAUUCUGAGAUUUUGUAUUGAUUCAGAAAAUAGAAUUGGUAGUAAUGGAGUAGAGGAAAUAAAGGAUCAUCCAUUUUUUGAAGAAGUUGACUGGGGACAUAUCAGGGAGAGGCCAGCUGCAAUCCCUAUAGAAAUCAAAAGUAUUGAUGACACUUCCAAUUUCGAUGAAUUUCCUGAAUCUGAUAUUUUACAGCCAGUGCCAAAUACCACAGAACCUGACUACAAAUCCAAAGACUGGGUUUUCCUCAAUUAUACCUACAAGAGGUUUGAAGGGCUUACACAGCGUGGCUCUAUCCCUUCCUAUAUGAAAGCUGGGAAGUUGUGAAACAAAAUAAAACCCCAUAAAAUUAAAAAUAAAACAAAAAAACCCAAACCUCAGGUAGCUGCAUCACCAGGCCUGCUUGGCGUAGAUAUCAAUACAGUGACUCUGGUGCGCAUCGACUUCACAAGGAAAUUCUACAGGAUUAGGAUUUCUAAGACUACUACAGGAAUUAGUUGGCAGAGCCAGCUGGCUUUUUUUUUUUUUUUUUUAUAUUUGAAUAUUUUUGUUAACUUUAUUAUACAAAGGUACUGGAAUAAAAGGGUCAGACAUCCCUUUGUAACUGCACUGCCUAUGUGUGUAUAAAGGUUAAUUAUGCCUCUGUGUACUGUGGCUUUGUUUGUACUGUAAGCCAUCUAAUCCACCCAGGAGAAAAACAUAUCAUUUUAAAAAGCAACAUGGGCUAAUGUUGCAGCACCAUUAUUUUACUGCUGUCCUGGUGGGUUUUAGAUAUACGGUAUAAAAACCAUCAACCAUAUUUGUAAAGGUCUCUUUCAAGUGAUUGUCCACAUGGAUUCCUCUCCUGGUGUACAUGCACCCAUGCACAGAGUAAUUUAACAGUCACCAAACAACCAGAGACAACAUUGCUCUUUUCCUCGAAGAAGCCCCUCGCCUUGGUACAGAUAUUUCAGAAAUCCCGAGAAUACCUGAAAGGGUAGCUCCACCUGUGGAAGAAAGAUACUCCUCCUCUUGCUCAGCAGUGAGAGCAUACCAACUAUAGGACAGGUUCCACCCUAUACUUAACCUUAUUAAUCAACUUCUGUAGCUCCAUAUCUGCUGAUCAGGGCCCAUUCCAUCACGCCUCAGCAGCAUCUGCAGCUCCUCUAAGUGGCAUUCCCUUUUUUGAGCUAUGUAGGGCAGCUACCAUUUUCAUUCAGUACUACUCCUUAGUAAAGAGCUCCAGAUCUGAUGUCCACUUUGGCAGAGUUGUCCUGCAACCAUUGUUUAAACAGACUGCAAGUAGACCUGGACAGUGAGGUCACUGCUUGUGAGGCACCAGAAGUGGCACAUAUGUGGACAAUUACGUAAGCAGGGUUACUUGCCUUACAGUACCUGUGGUUCUUCGAGAUGUUCCACAGCCUGACCACCUUCCCUGAGGGAUGUUUGGGCCCACUCUGGCCCUUAUGCCCUCAGAACAUCCAGGACGCAGAUGCGGCCUCAACAGACACUGCUCUUCAAAAGAAUCUAAUCUCACACUUAUUAGGUGCAUGCACCUCAGAAGUGGAAUCCAUGUGGGCCACACAUCUUGAAGAACCACAAUUAAUAUAGAGUAAGUAGCCAUUCUUUAUCAAAAAUGUGCCCUAUGUGAUUGAACUUCGCAAGAUAGAUGAAGGUAAUUUAAGGAGAUUUCAUGGAAAUAGCAAACUCCUAAUAUGCUGACUUGUCUGUACAUAUUAAUUGGUUUAUCUCCAGGGGAAAAGCUACACCCUCCUAGUCAUAACACUAAAAAUAAUUUGCAUAUAAAACUGCCGAUGGUUAAUCAAAUGAAUGCUCACAUAGGAGUUACACUGUUAGGGAGACUUACUACAGUAUAUUUAGCAUCAUAAUCUCCCUUAUUGUGAUAGUUGAAUUUCUUUAUUUUCUGAAAAAAAUGGCAUUAUUUUAAUCUAAUCAGCAAGUCAAAUUAAAGAAAAUAUUAGAAUACUGCUUUUAGAAUAGUAGUGGGAAUUCUUUUUAAAGGCAAAACUGUGACACUGUAAUGAUGUAAAGACAACAGAAGGUUUAUCUACACUGGCUUUCCAAAAACAAGGAAGUGCAACAUAUCUUUUUGCUUGUUAAUUUUUUCUUUUGACAGUGUUUGUCAUUGUGCCAUUUUCUUUCUUAUUCUCAGAGUACCAAAGAUCCUGCAAUGGCUUGAUGAUUGCAAUCAUAUGAAGUUUUGAUUUCCAUGCCUAUGAUUUGUUAACUUCUGUUAAAUGUGGAAUGGGGUAUACAAUUCAUAAAAGUUUUUUUUUUCUGGGAAGUUAACCUAUUCCAGCAGGAGAAACUGUUAAAUCAUCAGUUGCAUAGAGGUGAGCCUGAACCAAAAUCCUGUAUCUGACUACCCACAAACUGAGGAGGAAGUUUGGAUUGAAAUACGGCUGAAUUUUUGGACUUGGGUCCAUCUCGAAUCAGCAUGGGUUAAUAAACUGAGGUACAGGCAGUAAAUGAUGGUCAGGGGAUUAUUUUGUGUGUGAGAGAAGGGGUUAAAAAUACAAAGUAAUGUUGCCAGCAUUCAGAAUUGAAUAUUGUUGAGACUGCAUUUGCACUGUUAAUUUGCCUUGCUGACGAGUUGGGUAAAUUUUAUUUUUAUAGGUCAAUUAUUAAAAACCUACGUCAUUGCAUACAGUGUGGGAUAAUUACAAGCAUUGUAACAUACUGUACCUUGUCCUUUUAAUGUUGUUCAUAUUACAAAAGCUCAUUCUCUGAGUCUAAAUGGCAACUGCUAUAUUUUUUUCCUGGACUGUUGCAUUAGUUGUGGUGGGGAAAGUUACAUAGAAGCAUUAUAAAAGGUUUAUAUGAGGCUUUUUACAGCAUUUGAAAAUAAACAUAGCGUUCUUUUGUAAAGUU